AUUGGACAAGGACCUAUCUCCGGGAUCCUACAGCUCUCAGCUAGUGAUAUGAAUAAGUUCACAGAAAGGAUUGAUCAAGCAGGGUUAUUAAUCUCUCGCCUGCUAUGUGUGACGUACAUACCGAUAUCAAGUUUGGUCGGAUAUGGUUCCCGAGCUCAUGGGAAUAUCCUCGGAAAACCUCAACCCCCUCUAGAUUUAAACCACCAGUGGACGUCUUACGCCAGACACCAGGUCCUUAAACUUCUCCAGGAUUACAUGGAAACUAGAGAAGAUAUCCUCAACCGAGCACAACCAAUAGAAUAAGAUCCAGUUCAAGAAGAGUAUCAAGAUGUAUAGUGUAUGGUGUAUCCUGUAUAGUCUGUCAGUAUCAGUAUCAUCUCAACAUACGUUCCUUGUUCCGGAGCAGCAGAUCUCCAGUGCAGAACAGGUAAUAUAUACAAUAAUAUAUUUCGAUUUUAAAGUAUUUACUCUAAAACCGGCGGAUUUAGACAAGAUUGCAACUCUUGUUGGUAAAUUAGAUGAAUUACUGAUAUCUGAGACUUUUCCCGCCCAUACAUCUUUAUUGAAGGUUUAUGAAGAUAUAAACCAAGAUUUAGCCAGGUUGGAUGAUGUAAAUAAUGCAACACGCAACUUUCUUGAGGAAAAGGUUGUAAAACCGGCACAGAAAUUUUGUCUUUUCACGCGUAGUAUAUUAGACGAAAAGAUCUUUAAGGAUCUUAUUGAAGGCUUUGAAUUGUUAAUUAAAGCAGCUCCGGCUAAAACUGAUUUGACGGUAGCAAAUCAACAAAGUAUCGUAUCUCCAACCUCGCUUAAAAUCUCACGAAUUUUAUUCGAUGCAAAAAGUUUAUUGAAGGACUUUUUCUCUAGUAUGGAAAAUCAGUACUUCCACUUACUAGCCAUUGCAAGAAAUGAAAUCCCAAAUUUCAUAAGUCAUAAACUUAAUGAGGGAAAUUGUGUAAAAAGUACACCCCAUGAUAAAUUUACUCUAAUCCGCAGUAAAUUUUAUUCCGAAGGAAAUUUUCUUACGAUUCAACUUACACAGGCUACAGAAGUAAAGAAUUAUUUGGUUUGGAAACCUAUCCCUUUUGCAGACUACAUUUUAGAUUGCCCAGAUUUGGUAACCCCGUUGGAAUCAAAUUCAAGUUUCUUUGAAAGAAAAUGCACGCAAUUAUUAAAUCAUAAAAAAUGCGAAAUUAUUCCUGUCUCAACGGUUUGUAUGACGUUGAUUGCGGAAAAUGACGUGAAAAAUAUCUUGAGAGAAUGCAAUAUGUUAAGAAACACAAAUUUUGAGCCCUUUUGGUCGUUAUCUGGCAUCGUGGUUCCGCGGUAUGCAAGUAUUUAUGAGCAAAAUUUAGAAAACAAGGAAAAGAAAUUGUUGCAAAUAGUAAAUCCAAACCCAUUGUUGUCUAUCAUUAUUAGAUCACCUUUGACUUUAGAAAUCGAAAACGUAGAUAAGUCUUAUAAGUUUGGUCCCUCAGGUUUCAAAAAGGAAAUUAUUUACUCCGGCAUUUCUGAACCCGAUAUUAUUGCUUUUCUGGAUCCCCUUUUUGAUUUGAAAACAAACCCUGAGAAGUACAUUAUAGUGUUACUCGCAAACUUGCUCGCAAUUGUUAUCAUAGCCUCCGGAAUAACCACGACUAUUUUUAAGACAAAAGCGACGGAAAUUACUCAAAAUUUCGCUUUGCAAAAUAAAAGAGGACAAGUACGACUUGUUGCAGUGUAGAAAACAAAUACAGAACCUCUUUUA